AUGGAGUCUCUCAUAUCAUCAAACCCUUCCUUCUCUUCUUUCUCAAAAAGCUUAUCCCUUUACCCUUCUUCUCCUCUCUCCUUCCUUAACCUACCUUCUAUCCACAAGUCCCAAGCUCCCAAAUGCUGUAAACCAUCCUCCAAUCCUCAACCUGAUCGCAACGCCGCAAAGCUAAACCCUUUCUCCGUAUUACGCCCAAUCAUCAGAACAUUCAAAGGUUUGGUCUUGUCCCAGUCCCGGCAAUGGACGUCACGUUUCCGAGCCUACAGGGACGAUACGGCGGCGUUUUCAGAACAUUUCGCCGGAGAUUUGAAGGAGAACGGUGGUUUAGGGAUUGCCCUUUUGAGCGUUACGGCUUCUGCGAAAGUAAAGAUUAGUCCUUUCGUGGCGACGCUGUCGGCGAAUCCGACGUUUGUGUCGGCGGUGUUCGCGUGGCUAUUUGCGCAGACGAGUAAAAUGGUUAUUAAUUUCUUCAUUGAGAGGAAGUGGGAUUUGAGUUUGUUGUUUGCUUCUGGUGGGAUGCCUUCUUCGCAUUCGGCUUUGUGUAUGGCUUUGACGACUUCUGUGGCGCUUGUUCAUGGAGUUGCGGACUCGUUGUUUCCUGUUUGUUUGGGGUUUAGUUUGAUUGUUAUGUAUGAUGCUAUUGGUGUUAGACGUCAUGCCGGUAUGCAAGCUGAGGUACUGAACUUGAUCAUAAGGGACUUGUUCGAAGGACAUCCCAUCAGUCAAAGAAAGCUAAAAGAAUUGCUCGGUCACACUCCUUCACAGGUUCUUGCAGGAGCGUUAGUUGGUAUUGUGAUUGCCUGCUAUUGUUGCCAAGGCUAUCUCGUCUCUGCCUAAGAUCUUCUUAACUCAUAAGUUUUAUGAUU